CCUUAAAACCACCCUGCAAAUAACAACCUACUACGUAGUACUAUGCACAGCACACCCCUUCAUGCAAGCUAGCUAGCUAGCUGCAGCCAACCACGCACCCAACACAACCAAGAAUGGCCAGCGCCGGCGCCGCCGUCAGCCGCUCAGCCGCUUAUGCCGCGGCGGCAGAUCAGACACCGGAAUCAGCGGCCAAGCUCUGCGAUUUUUGGAGGCGGGAGGGCGGCUCUCUUCCCUUCGACGGGAGAGGCAACACCAUCCUCCAUUUCCUCGCCAUGCACGGGAAUACGGUGGCGCUGAAGGAGCUCGACGACAAGAAACUUAUCCUCCCCGACCAAGAUCUCUGGAAUGCCAACCACAGCGGUGACACCCCAAUUCACGAGGCUGUCAGGUUCGGCAAGGAUGAGUUCGUGAAGAAGAUGCUGGAGCUGGACGGGAACUUGGUCUCGACGCGCAAUCUCAAAGGCGAGACGCCUCUCUACGUUGCCGCCAAGUGUGGGAAGGAGACGGCCUUCAAUAUUCUCAAAUCCAAGUCCCGUAGCGACAGAGAGCUCGUUCGGCGAGACGGCCGCACUGUUCUUCAUGCCGCCGUCAACGAAGAAUAUUACAGUCUUGCGAUUAAGAUAUUGACGUUAAAGCCGGAACUGGCAAGCGCAAGAGACGAGAAGGGCACGACGGCACUCUAUCUACUGGCCCUAAAACCAUCGUCGUUCCAAAACGGGUCCUCUUACGCCUUAAGAAAUCUUGGCUGCUGGUCCUCUGUUCCUUUGCAGCUUGUUGCCAUUCUCAUCUACAUCUGUUUGCCUACAGUGAUUGGUUACGAGAAAUUUGAUAGCACUGGGGAGGAACAAAGUAGAAACCAACUCCCUACCACGUUAAAGCCGUCUUUAAGAUUAAAACUAAUCACAGCGUUCAGAGGCUUCAUUGAAGUGUUUCCAUGGCUGAGAAAGUGCGACGUAGCGAAGCAGAGGCACGCGUGUGCCAUGAAGCUGGUAAAAAUGCUGAUGGAUUUGGAGGACGACUGGAGCAACUACACCGGGCGAAGGAACCCUCUGAUAGACGCCGCCAGGAACGGCAUCAUCGAGCUGGUGAAAGCCGUCCUGGCCAAGUUCCCCUUCGCCGCCUACACCUUGGACGGCGACGGCAAGAACAUUGUCCACAUCGCCGUGGAGCAGAAAGACAGGGUUCUCUACGACUACUUGACCUCCAUUCCCGCCCACAAGGACAUGCUCACGGACAUCGACAAGCACGGCAACACUGUCCUGCAUCUCGCCACCAAUGUCGGCUCUAGCCCCGGAAUUCUUCUCAACCAGAUGACCUGGGACGUUUGUUGGUUUAAGCGAAUAUUCUACGAUUCGCUGCCUCAUUUCCAGCAAUACAAGAACGAGGAGGGGAAGACGCCAAAGGAGAUGUUCAAAGAAAAUCACUCUACCCUGCAAGAAUCGGCGGCGCAAGCCAUCAAAGACAUGAACAAUGGGCUGAUGCUGGUGUCGACUCUCAUCGGCACCGUCAACUAUGCCGCCCUCUUCACCCUCCCCGGCGGAUACGGCCAGGAGAAGGGCGUCCCAGAGACCUAUGGCAAGCCGGUGCUCCUCAGCAAGGAGGAGACGAAAUCCGAACUCACCCACUUAAUGUGGUACCUCUUGCUCUCCCUCUUCUCCUUCCUGCUGUCCAUGACCAGCAUGCUCUCGAUCCAGUUGUCGCGCUUCCGCAGCAGCGACUUCAACAUCGCUCUGCCGCUGAGGUUCAUCGUCGCCAUGACGGCGCUGUUCAGCUCGGCGGUGUUCACUUCCUUGGCGUCAUUGGCGGCGUUUACGCUGGAUCGCCUAGAGGUUAACAAUAACUGGUUGUUUGGCCCGGGGAUCUGCGGCAUGGCGCUGUUGUAUUCGGACACUAUCAGCAUCACUGUGAUUUACAUGUAUUAUGCCUUACGCUAUUCGUUUCGAGACAAGGGGCAAGAGAUCUUGGACCUGCUUAUUUGAUUCAAAUGUUUAGGGCACCAACCAACAACAUGUCGAAGGAAAAUGUGCUAAUCUUAUCAUUUUUAGGCAAUUAUUGAUUAGAAGAGAGACUGGUGACCACUUUGUUGUAACAUUCAAUCCCUCCAUCUUAUUCGUUUUAUUCUACUAUUGUGUGAGUGUGUAAUUUUCAUGUAACCAAUAAGUCUACAUUGCAAAGCAAAGUUCAUGUGAAAAAUGUAAAGAAUCAAGCAUUAUAUAUAAAGCAUAUAUAGUAAGUGCACAUGCAA